AUGACUUCAAGGGAGGCUUUACAAAUUCUUCAAAAACCAUUAACCACAGUGGAAAAAGUUGGUGGUAUUAGUUGCAAUUUAUGCAAAAAGAUAUUUAAAAAUAAAGCAGAUUUUGACACUCACUAUACAAAUCACACUGGGAAUAAAGAAGUUUUGUACCAAUGUGUUGUUUGUAGCAAAGAAUUUGAAAGGUACUCAGCAUUCCGUGGCCACUGCUACACUAAUCAUGUCAUCAAAAAUAGAUAUGUAUGUACACAAUGUGACAAAUUCUUUUCCAAACAAUACAAUCUACAGCAACACAUUGAAUUGGUUCAUGGGCCGCAAUGUAAAGCGUGCAUGCAAAAAUUUCCAUCUAAGAAAGAAUUGCAUCUACAUCAAAUCGUCUACCACAAUGAAAGUAUGGCCGACAACUCCUGUCAAGUAUGUCAAAAGGAGAUACUUACUGUGGAAGCAUGUAAACAGCACAUAGAUUUGCACCUGUCACAAGUCUACACAUGCCCAAUUUGUCAAGAAACAAUUCUCCAUAAGAAUAUGUCUGCUGAUCAUUUAAAGAAACACUUUUGGAAAAACGAUUUUGAUGAAAACAACUACGAAGGAAUAAUUAAUCAGCUGACUGCUAUAGCUUGUGGAUUAUGUUCAAUAAUUUGCCCAAAUCGCGAAGAGUUUGACGCCCAUUUUUUUUGCGAUCAUGCUGGCAAAGAUGUGUUUUACUCCUGCAUUUUGUGUGGCAAACAGUUUUUUAAACAUUCCGCAUUCCACACGCACGUCAAUCGCCAUUAUACUGAUGGCCAAUUUCUAUGUGAUACAUGCGACAAAACAUUCCCGAAUCUCUCUGAGCUCGUGUGGCACGUGUGUGAAUGCAGUCAAGAUUACAAAAAACAUAAACCGUACAUAUGUUUCCACUGUGGCAAUAGAUAUCUCCUCGAGCACUCGCUCCUGAAACACAUCACCGAUUCACACAAUGGAUUCGAUUUACGUUGCCGGGAACCUGGAUGUGAACAGAUAUUCGACAAACGGCGAGACCUGCUGCUGCACUCUCGGCAUCACGACGACCGCGUUCAGAGCUGGUGCCGCAUUUGCGGGCAGGACUUCGCUUCGCUGCCUUCCUGCGCGCGUCACCUCGAGGUCCACAAGAAGUAUCUCUUCGCGUGCCCUCUCUGCAGCAAGUCUUACGCCGAAAGGUCCUACCUUCUCAAACAUAUCCCCACUCACUUUAGAGCCGUGCUACACGUGUGCAAGAUCUGUGGAAAAAUUUACGAUGCGAAGCGAAGGCUCCUCGAGCAUCAGAAGACUCACCACGAAGUCAAAGUUCACAGCUGUUCGCGAUGCCCCAAAACUUUCGCUAAGAAAUCCCAUCUGCUGCAGCAUCUCAACAUUCACAAUAAGGAGAGAGAUUUCCUGUGCGUCGUGUGCGAAAAGAGGUUCUCUUGCUCGCCCAAUCUGUCGAAACAUCAAAACAGAGUUCACUGCGUAAAUUCAAACCGAUUAGUGAUCCGGGACGCUCGCGACGAUGCGGAAACCGAUCCCAAAAUUGAAAAUUCUAAAACGGACACUUCGCAAAACAAAGAUUGGUACGUUUACCUAAACGGAGAGAUGGAGACCAACGUCAUCGACGAAGCGGUGAUAGAGAAGGAAUCCCGACUGUUCGAGAGCCAAGACAGAGCCAAGACGGAGAUCGAACGCAUGGAGGUCGUCAGAGAAGUGUUCGGACACCAAAACGAAGAUGCAAAUGAUUUUAAAGUUAUUUUUAAAGAAAAGUGCUUCGGAAUCGCCUCGAGCUCUUUGUCUGACAUAGGAAAUUUCACAACGGACUCCGUUCCCCUAGAGUACGGCCCGGAGAUCGUGUCUCCCGGGGUGGACGACUAUAUUCUUCCGCACAUUGACCCCCUGCUCACGAUACUGACGGAUGCCAUCCCCGACCGCCCGGACCCCGCGCCGACCCAACACAUUCCCGACGAGAACGAGUUCUCUCUCGCCGAGUCGUGGGCUCCUCCCCUCAUCGCCAAAAUAUACUCGCACUACUACGACGAGUACGAAGAACACAACCGUUUAUCUGCCAAAACGGAUAUAUUUUAA